CACCUAACUGAAUUGUGUAGAGAAACACAAAAACACCAAAGACUCUUCUAGCUUAGCUUCCUGCUUUUAGCCAUGGCGUCCGAGACAGUGAAGCUGUUAGGGUCAUGGGCGAGCCCAUUCGUGAUCCGGGUUAGGGUUGCCCUAAACAUUAAGGGCGUGUCCUACGAGUUCCUCCAGGAGAAGUUCGGGUCCAAGAGCGAGCUUCUCCUCAAGUCCAACCCGGUCUACAAAAAGAUCCCCGUCCUCCUCCACAACGACAAGCCCAUUUGCGAGUCCCUCAUCAUCGUCCAGUACGUGGACGAUGUGUGGGCCGCUUCUGGACCGUCCGUCUUGCCCGCCGAUCACUACGAGCGGGCCCAAGCCCGCUUCUGGGCCACUUAUGUUGACGAUAAGUUUUUCCCGAGUAUGCGUGGCAUAGCAACCGCUCAAGGCGAGGAGGCGAAGCGGGAGGCAAUCAAGCAGGUGGAAGAAGCGUUGAGUCUCUUAGAAGGCGCGUUCCAUAGCUGCAGCAAAGGCAAGAAGUUCUUCGGCGGGGCCAAGGUCGGGUUCCUAGACAUUGCGCUUGGGAGCAUCAUUGGCUGGGUCAGAGUGACGGAGGAGUUCAACUCCGUCAAGCUCCUUGACCAAGCCAAGGUGCCCGGCUUGGCCAAAUGGGCGCAAGACUUCUGCAGCGAUGACGCCGUGAAGGAGAUCAUGCCUUCCACCGAGAAGCUCUCGGAGUUCGCGAAAGUUAUUUUCGCCAACAUGAAGAAGUGAUGGGGAAGCCACCAAAACCUCACCAUCAAACUUGUAGCUAAUGGCUAUCUUAGCUUUCUAGUGUUUGUGGCUUUUGGUAAUAAUGUGUCUUGCUUGAGCUAUUCUGUUCCGUUGUUGUAAUGCUUUUGCUAAACCUAUGCUUUGUUGGGAACAACUACAAAGAACAUAUGGUUAUCAAGUAGUAAUAAAUUUCUCUUCUGCUAAACUUAUAUGCAGUAUAAUUUGAAGUAUGUGCUUCGUAUUUAUUGUCUAAGUAUGCAUAUAAUACUGUGAAAUUUGCACUAAAUAACACUAAAACAUAUGU